AUGUCAAUGACGUCGCUGAAACGAGCGGCUAGGAAGAUCGACUGGCUGGUUCGUUGCAUUCUUCUCCUCCUGACUGGAGGCUGCUUGACGCUCCUGGUGACCUGGGUGUGGUCUGACAAUGCAACCAAUUACUUACUCCGGUCAGAUGCAGCGAUCAGUAAACAGUAUAUUUCAGUUCCUGACAACUUUCAGCUCCUGGUAGAGCAGUCGUUCUCAUGCCCACCAUGCCCAGACGUUCAGUCCAUCGAUGGUCUGGAAACCACAGGUUAUGUGGAUCUUGGUGUCAUUAACUGUUCGAUAAAUGGAGCAGAAACCAUUGAAUGUCGAGAAGAUAAGGGCCAAGUUUACAUUCCUGCCUCUUUCAUCAACAACUAUUUUGAGGUGUAUGGAAACGUUAAAAGGGAGGGCUCAAGUAGAGUCUAUAACUUCCAACAUGGCUAUGGAAAGGUAUAUCCUGUUCAACCGGUGUAUCAUCCAGGGGGAGUUUUUCUCAACUUCGAGAAGUAUAACGUAGAGACGCGGGAUAAGAUCAUCUGUGUCACGGCCAGUCACGGAGUGCCACUGGUCAGUCAGUGGGACCCAGCAGGCUAUUACUACGCUAUUACGGUUGCACAGUACGGACUGAGUCAUCAUGCCAAAGGUAUUCUCAGUGGAAACCCAGUACCAAAGCCGGUAGCAGGCGGCGAUGUGACGGCCUCUGUGUGGGAGAAUGUGGAGUCCGGCAUGUCAGUGGAGAUCGUGGAGACCAGCACUGCUCUGGGAACCAGAAAGGUUUUAGCCUUUAACGCACCCGAGUCAGUAACUUCCCCUGGACCUGUCCUCCGGUUAAACACCAUCGAACAAACUGUCUGCAUGGACCUGCAGCUCAACAGCCCAGGCGGGGUCACGAUGCAGAUACUGACCAAAGAGGGCAAACUAGGCUUCAUUCACUUCACUCUGGAUGACGCCCACAUGGUGGUCAACGGCAAUCACGUCAUCUACGGCAUGGGCCAACGGAAUCUCGGCAAAUGGGUACACUUGGCUAGGGAUGUGGACGUAGACUGGCUGAAAUCCCUCGGUCGCACAAAGUUUAACGCUCCUACGUGUUUCAUGGAAAUUGUUGACGUCACUCUGCAUGGAACAGGUUUUCUGGAUAACGUAACAAUAUCUACGUCGGCACACAACGACCAUCUGAUUCAUGCUGCCGACUGGCUAGUCAUCAGCCAGGACAGUCAAGGCGGCUGGCCAACAAGCACCGGCAUGAAAACUGGUGACAACAUCGAACUGAAACCUGGCUGGUAUUCAGCAAUGGGACAAGGACAAGCCAUAUCUACCCUGGUACGAGCUUACAACCUCACUGGACAGAAGAGCUACCUGGACACAGUAGUGGCAGCCCUGCACUUAUAUCAGUUGGGAUCUCACGAAGGCGGUGUGCGGGCACGGUUUCUCGACCAACUGGACUGGUACGAGGAAUACCCAACAACACCGACCAGCACGUUCGUACUCAACGGUUUCAUAUUUGCUAUGCUGGGCCUUUACGAUGCAAUGAAAACCCUUGACGGAGAAGGUCAGAUCCUGGCAGAGAAACUGUGGUCGUCCGGUUUGCAUUCACUGAAAAAGAUGCUUGGCAUGUAUGAUACGGGCACUGGGACGCUCUACGAUUUACGUCACGUAAUCAACCAUGAACAACCUAACCGUGCCAGAUGGGACUACCAUACCACACACAUUGCUCUCAUUGAAGAGAUGGCCAUCAUUGAUGGCGACCCAAUAUUUCGGUCGACUUUUAACAGAUGGGUGGAUUACUUUUAUGGGAAACGAUCCAAGCACAAUUAA